CGAAUGCGAGGCUGUGACGUCACAGUGGAAGGGAUCCGGCGUUGGAACGUUUUGUAGCACUUAACGUCCUGAAGAGAAGUUGGUGCUGAGCGGCGGGAUCUCCUCAGCGAAGCCGUCCAGGGGUCUCCGGUGCCCGGGCUCUCGGUUCCCUUUGUAGAAGCCGUGUGUAGGUUCUGGGGACCCCUCCCCCACUCGUCUGUAGGGUCCCACACAUUCCUAGGGGCCCUCGCUUGGUCUUCACUACGAUCUACAUGUACUGAUCGUUCCAGUGAGCGGUGACUGGGACGUGUAUCCCCCGUCGUGUACUAGAGCGCAGGGUCCGACAUGAUGAACCAGGGGCACCCCUUCCUGAACCCCCCUCAGCAGCCUCCCCAACAGCAACAGCCGCCGCCAGCACAGUAUAAAUCUGCCCUCCCCAUCAAGAAGAAUGCCAUCACUGAUGACUACAAGGUCACCAACCAGGUGCUGGGACUGGGCAUCAACGGCAAGGUCCUGGAGAUCUUCAGCAAAAAGACCGGGGAGAAAUUUGCUUUGAAGAUGCUGCAGGAUUGUCCUAAGGCGCGCAGGGAAGUGGAGCUGCACUGGAGGGCGUCUCAGUGCUCGCACAUUGUAAGGAUUAUUGAUGUAUAUGAGAACCUCUACCAGUCACGAAAAUGCCUACUUAUAAUAAUGGAAUGUUUGGAUGGCGGCGAACUCUUUAGUCGAAUUCAGGAUCGAGGUGACCAAGCCUUCACUGAGAGAGAGGCUUCAGACAUCAUGAAAAGCAUUGGAGAAGCAAUACAGUAUUUACACUCAAUCAAUAUUGCCCACAGAGAUGUUAAGCCAGAAAAUCUCCUCUACACGUCCAAAAGACCAAACUCUGUCCUGAAGCUCACAGAUUUUGGCUUUGCUAAAGAAACAACAACUCAUAACUCUUUAGCAACCCCUUGUUACACACCGUAUUAUGUGGCUCCUGAGGUUCUGGGCCCAGAAAAAUAUGACAAAUCAUGUGAUAUGUGGUCACUUGGUGUCAUCAUGUAUAUUCUAUUGUGUGGGUAUCCUCCAUUUUACUCCAACCAUGGUUUGGCUAUAUCUCCGGGAAUGAAGAAGAGAAUCCGUAUGGGACAGUAUGAGUUUCCUAAUCCUGAGUGGUCUGAAGUAUCAGACGAAGUUAAACAGCUGAUCCGAUACCUAUUGAAGACUGAUCCGACUCAGAGGAUGACAAUUACAGAAUUCAUGAAUCACCCUUGGAUAAUGCAAUCCACACAGGUACCACAAACUCCUCUCCACACUAGCCGUGUCUUGAAAGAAGAGAAGGAUUUGUGGGAAGAUGUCAAGGAGGAGAUGACCAGUGCCUUGGCCACAAUGAGGGUCGAUUAUGAACAGAUUAAGAUAAAGAAAAUUGAAGAUGCGUCCAACCCACUUCUCCAGAAAAGGCGGAAGAAGAUCACCCCUCAUGUUGCCACUCAUUGAGCUAACGCCUUGAUUCACUGUGCUCUAGAACUGUUGGUGCCACUUACACUAGCUCAUUGUUAGCUACAAAUGUGGUUUAUAAGUGCCACUGUAAUAAUUGUGGAGAGGGCUGGCAAUCUAGAAGAUUGGUGCCCGGCAUGAGAAAUCUUAGGGUUUUUCAGCUUUCUACUCCAUUUUUAGUCUGGAAGUUUUAUUUUUUUAUUUCUUUUACUCUUCUGUGUUUAGAGAAUCUUCACAUCAUAUUUUAUAUAUAUAAAAAUAUAAGUAUUUUUAAACGGCGAAAGUCUUUGGCGAAACGGUGGAGUCCUUUGGCCUUGACAAUAAGAGUUAAUGUGUACUCUGUGCCUCCUAUUAACAGGUCACGCCCAACAUUUUUUAUUUUUCCCUUUUUUCUGAGGGACGUGAUACCGAGACUGCGUGGCUCUAAAGACGGUUGCUUUUACAGUACCGUCAUUUAGCAAAGGUGUCGGGCAGAACUGCUUAAGCCACUGUGUUUAGCAGCCUUUUUUGUAUUAUGUGAUGGAUAGAUUGCAUCUACUACCACACCUUUCUCUGUGUUAGGGAUAUUUUUUGUCUUGGCUUUGCAAUUAAAUCUCACCCCAUCAAUUGUGUAAAUACAGUACAGCAAAUUAAGUCUAAAACAUCACUGUAUGUCUUUUUCGAGUAACAUUUGUAUUACUGUUAAAACGCUCUGUAAAUUUUUCAUUCAGCUAUGUGUUCUUUUGACUUCAAUACCUUCAUAUUCAUCAUUUUGCCUUAAAUGCAGCCAUAAAUCUAGACCUAAGGGGUCAUUUUUUUUUUUUCCAUAUUUAUAUAUUCUGUAGCAUUCAGUGACAACCGGUUAUAACUCAACGUUAUGAACCUUUACGCCUUGCCUGUGUGCCUUUCUUCACUUUCAGUUUUAACGGUGGUUGUGUGCUUUUGGACUGCUUUGAUACAAAUACAGCCAUCAAAUCAAUCUGAUCAUAUGUAUAGAGACAUCUAAUUGGGUCUCCACCCUGUAUAUGGACUAUCCUUCGCCGUAAUACCUCUUUCCCCCAUACGUUUUUAACCUGCAAACUUUUUACAUAAAAAGCUUUAAGUACAGUAGGUCUUGAUUCAUCAAAACGUAUGUAAAAGAAAAUUGACUUAGUUGGCCCAAUCAGAUCCCACCUUUCAUUUUUCAGAGCUCCUUCGGAAAAUGAAAACUGGAAUCUGAACGGUUGCUAUGGGCACCUAAGCUAGUUCUACUUUACAUCAGUUUGAAUAAACCUUCCACCUUAUGUCGCAGACACUGCUGUGGUGUAAGCAACUUGAUUGUAAUAGUUUCCAAAAAUGAAGGUAUUUACUCUCCAAUUAUGAUGGGACUGUUAAACUGUAUCUGGGGAAUAAAUGAAGGGUAGUUUUGGGUUGCUGUGUUAUUUUUGUAAUUCCAUCUGUAGCGUUCUCUGCAAAGCAAAUUCUUUUAAUGCUCUUCUGUGUGCAAGCUCCAGAUGUUCUCCUGCACUCUUGAAAGCAAUAUCAAUUUUGAAAUUGUUGUAAAAUUAUAAUUUUUGUAUGAUCAAAUUGUUUUACUAAACAAUUUUAAUAUUUUGAAAACCAAA